UUAACAAAAACUGGAAGACCUGUUGUUCAAACGGUUCAGCCACAGUCCUUUAUUGAUCCCUUCAGUGUCACACUUGAUGUGACAUUAGAUGAAUCAUGGCUGGAUGACUCUGAAGACCCGGAUUAUGAGCCAAGUUUUGAGAUAUCAGCAGUUGUUACUGGAGACUUCGAUAUUGAUGAUGAUGAUUUAGCUUUUGAAGAGUUUGAGUUUGGAUUGGAUGCUGGCCACUCCCCAAUAGAUGAAGAAAAUAUUCAGGACAAAACAACAGACGGUGUUUCAAAAGUGACAGAUGAAGCGGGAUGUGAGGAACUUAUAAAUUCCACUCUGUGCAUUUCAUUUCCUUCAACAGGUCAUUGCUCUUGCAAAUAUUAAAGUUGUGACUUGCAUUGGAAAAGAUUGUUCCGAACUACCCCAAGUGAAAGAAAGUUUUGUUGGAUCAGCCUUGUACCUAAAAUGGGUAUGUAGCAAUGGACACACCUCCAGCAAUUGGUGUUCACAACCACACAUGAACAAAAGAAUUCAUAGUGGAGAUUUCCUUGUAUGUGCCAGUAUAUUGACUUCUGGAAAUAACUAUGGCAAACUGGCCCUAUGGGCCAAGAUGCUUGGCUUAAAAUUACCUUCUGCCGACCAGUUUCAUGGAAUCCAAGCAACAUACAUGAUACCAACAAUUGAUUAUUAUUGGAAAGACCAUCAGAAGUCAGUAAUUGAUUCUUUCAGUGGAAAGCCAGUUGUUGUUAUGGGGGAUGGAAGAAAUGACUCUCCUGGGCACUGUGCCCAAUAUUGUUCGUAUACAAUUAUGGAGCAAACAUCUAAGAAAAUUCUCACUCUAAUAACCCUUGACAAGAGAACAACUGAUAGAAAGUCAGUAAACAUGGAGAAAGUAGGUUUUGCGAAGGCCAUGGAGGAAAUGAAAGCUAAAAACAUAGAAGUUGAAGAGGUUGUGACUGAUGCUCACCUUGGGAUAGGAGCCAUUAUGAAAACAAGUUAUCCUGAUAUUAAGCAUUCCCAUGACAUAUGGCAUGCUGCAAAAAGUUUGGGAAAGAGAUUGUUAAAGGUGGCACAGAAGAAGUCCAAUGCUGUUCUUGGAAAAUGGACUAAGGAUAUUGUGAACCAUUUUUGGUUUGCCUGCAAGGAGGCCAGCACAUAUGAACAGUUUGUGAGCAUCUGGAGGAGUGUUCUCCAUCACAUAACAAACCAGCACUCCUGGAUAUUACCACAUGGUGAUGGGGAAACAACAUGUCGUCACGGACUCUUAUCUGAUGAAGACAGAAAUAAGCCCUGGCUUGAUCCAAGAAAGGAUUGUGCAGUUUUGAAAGAACUCGCUUCAGUUGUGAUGGACAAAAGAUUUUUAGGAAAGGUUCAUUACUAUCUCAACUUCAGGAGUACAGCUGAUCUUGAAGGGUUCCAUCAGCUGAUCCUUAUGUAUGCAGCCAAAAGGUUUGCCUACACACCAGCAGUGUAUCGCAUAAGAAAUGAAUUGGCUGCCCUAGACCAUAAUAACAACGCAGAUAUACCAAACAUUGUAAACAAAGAUGGAACAUUGAGAUUACAGAGAACAUGGAACAAAAAGAGUUCUCGAUGGACAGCCCAUCCAAAAAAAAGUGAAAAAAAUUAUACAUAUGUUAAGGACAUAUUAAGAAAGGCCCUUGUUAUGCGUAUCAAAGACUCAGUUGGAAUGAGGAAGAAACGAGAACUCGAAGCGGAUGAUCCACGCAGGAUUGCUGCACACCUGGCACCGGUAGAGCCAUUGCCAACAAAGGUUUUGAUGGAAGAAAAAGUGUCUAGGUUUAAAUGAAUUAAUGUUUGUCACAUAAACCCUGGUGCAGGAGUGUGAUAAAGCCAUUUCUCUGAUAUACUGUGACUCUAUAAAACAAUAUUGCACAGCUGUGCAUAUAUUUGACGUAACAUCAU